AUGGCUCGCUUAAAUAAUUCCAAUGGCAUACGAAAAAAAAAGAAAAAUGCCAAUAACAUCAACGACAGUCUAAAACCAUCAACCAAUUUAAAAUCAUCAAACAAUUUAAAAUCAUCAACCAAUUUAAAACCAUCAAACAAUCUAAAACACAAAAAAGGACCGACACUUACAUCCAAAAUACUCUCGAUAAUAUUUACAUAUAUCAUCGAGGAACCCAACAGCGACGAUGAUUCUUCUGAUCCAUAUCAAAAAUCUUCGUCGUUCACUUCAUCAUCGUUAAAAGACUUUCGUUCGUGUAUGUUAGUGAAUCGAUUAUGGUGUGCAACCGCCGUCCCGAUAUUUUGGUCCAAACCAUUUCAUUAUCACGAUGGUCCCGAAUUAAUUCGCUUGUAUUUAUUAUUCUUGCGUCAAGAUAAAGAUGAGAUGUUAACUGCGAGAACUUGUGCAGGACUGGAAUUGUUGAAAGAGCAUGAGAAUGUUGACCCAGAAGCUUUUGAAUUGUUAAUGAAUCUUGUGACGAUUAACGGGGUUACGACAAGAGCCUUCAAUUAUCCAGCAUUUCUUAAAGAGCUUGAUUACUAUUCAUUGUUGAUAUCAAUACGGAAUUGGAUACUUGAUGAAUGUGAAAAUCAAAUACGAAAACAAACCGCGUCAUUCGACGACUUCAAUUUCCCCCCGAAAUUAGACAAAUUCAAUUCUCCUCCGAAACCCAAAAAAUUACCACAAAAUCACGAGGAAAGUUUCCAAACCCAAAAACUAACAGAAAUCGUUGUACGUGAACUAAUCGAACUUUGGAUAUCACAUAAUGUCCGUUUAGACGGUCUACUAAUUGACACUCACGCGCGAGAUGUUUACGAUAUUGAACGUGAUGAUGAAUUCAUGUUGAUCGCACAACAUGAAUUCAGAUCGUUCACCUCGAGUUUGACUCGCUUAAAUAUUGCUGCCGGGUUUAAUAAAGGACGAUUGUUUGGAUGGUUGUCGAGGAAUUGUAAUGAGAUUAACCUUGCCUCGUUGAUAGAAAAACAAUAUAAUCUCAAAUACUUGAAACUAUCAGGUUACGACGCAGACAAUGCGGAUAUGGAACUCAUCAUGCCUGCGAUUGCCGAACAAUCUUCCACACUUCAAUAUCUUCACUUUGAAGAAGUGGAUUUUACCGGUUGUUCUCCCUUUGAUGGGAUUGCAUCUUGCGAGAAACUCGAAUCUUUACGUUUCGUCAAUGUCGAUAAUAUAUGGGCGGAUAUGAUUAAAUCAUUAGCUGAGAGUAUGGGCCGAUGGGUUUAA